GGAACAAUGGCAUCUGCACACAUUGUCUUCUACCUGAUAUCUUUGUUCUUGGGUGUAAUUGCUCAGAAGAACAACCUGCGUUUAUCCUCCUCUGUUCAUGAAGAAACACGUUUUAUAUCAGCUAAAUCUGGAGACAGAGUGACUUUACAUUGUUACUAUGAACAGAAUGUUGCUGCACGUUUUUACUGGUACAAACAAACUUUAGGAGAGAAACCAAAACUCAUUUCUACCUUCUAUAAGUCAGAAACCAAUUUUGUUCAAUUUCAUGGUCCAUUCAACAAUAGUGCACGUUUCAGACUAGAUAAUGGAAAAGGAAAAAACGACUUGAUUAUCUCAGACUUAAGUGUUUCAGACUCAGCAACUUACUACUGUAUACGUUCCUAUUUCUUCACAUCAACAUUCUUAGAGACCAUUAUUGUCAGUGUCAAUGAUUCAGAUUUAAACGUACAAGCUUUAGUUCAUCAGUCAGCAUCUGAGACCAUCCAGCCAGGAGGCUCUGUAAGUCUGCACUGUAUGGUGCACAAUAUGCUGAGCUGUGAUGGAAAACACAGUGUUUACUGGUUCAAAGACUCUGAAGAUUCUCAACCAGGACUCAUUUACACCCAUGGAGUCAGGAAUGAUCAGUGUGAGAGGAAAGACAACAAAAGAACACACACCUGUGUCUAUAACUUGACAAUGGAGAGCCUGAAUGUGUCUCACACUGGGAUCUACUACUGUGCUGUCGCCCUAUGUGGACACAUAAUGUUUGGAAACGGGACCAAGCUGGACUUUGGGGUUUGGCAAGAUUCUGCUGCCCUGAUGUAUUUCUUAAGCACAGCUUUAACACUCACCACCAUCAUCAGUAUGUUAUCAACUUUUUUAGUGUAUAAGAUGAAAAAGAGGAACAACUGCCAAUCGAGAGGUUAGAAUUUCUGUUCAUAUUUUACUCUUGUGGUUUAAAAAUAGUGGCAUUUAAGUUUAAAUCAUUUCCUUUUUUUUCUCAGCAGACUCAAACACAAAUGAUUCUGUAAAUUUAGAGAGCACCCAAGAGGACAACCUUCAUUAUGCUGCUUUGAGAAAAAUUAGGACGAAACAAGCAAGAAGACAGACGAGCAACACCCAGGAGGAAUGUGUGUACUCCAAAUGUGUGUACUCCGGUAUAAAGUAAACAUAAUGGAUAUAAUGAUUUUUAGUAUUACCUUUCUGCUGUAGUGAUGAUUUUGGCAUCUUCUCUUUAUUUAACUGCUAACAGAAUUUGAUCACUUGCAUAUUUUUGAAAUUCUCGUAAAUGUAAUUCUAGUAGAUAAUUUGUUUUGGAUUUUGGGUUUAAUUUAUUUUUGAAGUUUCAAAUUUUUAGUUGUCUUUUUGGAUUUGUUGUUGUAUUGAGGUUUUUAUUAAUCAUUUGAAGUUUUGAUUCUUUAUUAUGGUGGGUUUAGUAUUGGACACUUGUUUUGAUUCCAUAUUUUAUUGUUGAAUGGUUGUGAUAAGAUUAGGUUUUUGUGGCGGUAUUUACUGUAUUCACAUGAUGAGGCUUAGUUUUUGUGUAAAAAUGUAUAAUAUUAUUGUGAGGAGUAGUCUUCCAAGUGUUCCUGUUGACAGUGACUUUCCCCUGCAUGUUUUUUCUCACCUGUUUAACAUUCCAAUCCAAUCCCACUUUAUUUAUAAAGCAAUUUAAAACAACAUGGUUGACCAAAGUGC